CCACCCAUAUCCGGUUUGAUCUUAUAAAAGUGAAACUAGAUCUGGUCUGUAAGGGUAAAAGCUAAUAUAAAAGCCUCUUUGAAGUUACAGUCUUUAAAGAUUGCAAUGGAUCUAAUUUCCAUAUUCUGUGGAUUUUGUUUAUUUGUUGGGAUAGUCCUCACAGCGGUAAAACUAUACGAAGUGUCCAUAAAGAAGCCUUUCGUAUCUGAAAUCAAGUUACAUGGUAAAACGGCUAUUGUUACCGGUGCCAAUACGGGGCUUGGGUAUUGGACAGCACUAGAUCUAGCCAAACGAGGAGCUCACGUCAUUUUAGCUUGUAGAAACUUACAAAAGGCAGAGGAGGCAAAGAAAAAAAUCCUGAAGGAACUAUCCGAUGGAGGUGAUGUGGUCGUCAGACACCUAGAUCUGAGUUCUAUGCGAUCUGUACGGCAGUUUGCACGAGAAACUUAUGAACAAGAAUCCAGAUUAGAUAUUCUCAUCAAUAAUGCAGCAGUUUCAAGCAUGCCAAAAACCAUUACAGAGGAGGGAUUGGAAUUUACGUAUGCUACAAACCAUGUUGCACCAUUUCUUCUUACCGAUCUUCUUCUUGAUUUGCUUAAGAAGUCUGCUCCAAGCAGAAUUGUAAAUCUGACCUCCAUCAUGAAUACUUUCGGGAAAGUGGACGUAGGUGACCUGCAAGGCAAGAAGGACUAUGAUGGCUUCUCAUCCUACUGCAACACAAAGCUGAUGAAUAUUCUGUUUACCAAAGAACUUGCUAGGAGGCUGGAAGGAACAGGUGUUUCUACCUGUUGUGUGCACCCUGGGGCUGCUGGGACAGAGAUUUUCCGAGGUCUGCGGGGGAACCAGCUGUUCACACCUUUCCUCUCACUGUUCUUUAAGACGCCCAGGGAUGGUGCCCAGACAACACUGUAUGCAGCAGUCUCAGAGGAAAUGCGGAAUGCUCGGGGUGAAUACUUGUCUGAUAGUCAGGUAUACGACCACACCUGGUGGAUCAGUGGGUCAGCAUAUGACCAGGGACUGAGUAAGAAACUGUGGGAGGCCACAGAAGCCAUUAUUGCUACAACUGAUUUGUCCUCUUCAAAUUAACUGUCAUUUAAUUUACAUGAUUGUGUACAAAUGUAAAUGUACACUUACAUUUUAACAAAAAUAAUAUUUAACUUCAGAGAGUUGUGAUUCAUUUUUGUGUGUUGUGUUUGUGCCAUAUGGCAACCUCUUUGAAAAGAAAUAAGAAUGUAUUCUACAGAGCAGUAUUUUAGUAAACAAUCAAUCCUAUACAAAUUUUGUAAACAUUCCGGUAGUUGUGUAACAUUUUAAUGUUGUUUGCGUUUAUGCCUUACGAUAACCUAGUCCUUCAAAGAAAUCGAAUAACAGAACAGUAUUUUUAGUUUUAUACAGGUGCCUUUUUAUACCUGAAAAGGUGUCAAGUCAAGCCUCAGGUGUACUUUAUGAAUGUAUAUAUGUACAAGUAUGUACAACAUGUAUAUAUGAAUAUGCUGAGUUUAAGCUUUUUGCAAGAUGAUUUACCAAAUCUCAGGACUAAUUUAUAUGAUCUGAUCAGUGUCAACUUGGUGCAUUUUGGAAAAUUUAUUUGUUCAAACAAUAUUUUUAAAAAAUAUACAAAAAAAUACAAGA